CUGGCCCAGAAGCCAACCUCAGGCCCCCCACCAACUGUUGAUAGCUCGAAGCAGGUUCCUGCAGGCAUCCAUGGCAACACUGCCAACAACUACUUCCGUGCUGAGGGCCAAAACAGUGGCAACUUCAUUACGGAUCGGCCUUCUACCAAGGUGCACUCAGCCCCUGGUGGAGGCUCCUCUCUUGGUUAUCUCUUUGGUAAUGGUGGCAGCAACUGAAGAGUUGCUGUCUCGCAAUCUGCAAGUGUUUUCCGUUGUCUCGACAGUAGACAAGAACAUUUGCAGUUUUAUUAUGUUUCUCUAAAAAUCUUGUGGGUGUUUAUUUGAUGUAAUAUAUGGCAACAAUGCUUGAAAUUAUAUAUCAUUAGCUCUAGACCCAUUUGGGAGGCCCUUGAAAAAGCCUAAGUUGGUUCUUUAUUUGAUGAAAAUCGAAUUAGGUUCUCUGACUGAUAUUAUCAAGUAGUA